AAGUUUAUCAACAGUUUAUCACUUUUGCUGAAGACCCCUAAUAUUCUAUUGUGAAUAUUUUGUGUGUAAGAAGAACUUUUGUAUGGUGAAAUGGUCGUAUAAAAUUCCAUCAUGGGGUGAUUUCACCACGGGGUUGUAUUUCAUAUAGUUCGUUUUCGGUUUGGGGAUGGAGUUUUUGUAAAUAAACAAUUGUUUUCUUCCAUUUAACUAAUUACAGAAAGGAUAAUUUAAUAUUGGUUUAGUAAAAAGAAUUGAGGAGAGUAUUGCUUGAACAUAUGCCAUAAUAAUAAAAGUUUAGGUGGUACACCAUGUCUGAUAUGGCCAAUCGUGUCCUCUCCUCCUGGUUAUUGGAGCGUAAGGUGAUUGGAGAUCGCCUAAGACUAUUGAUAGGUGUAACGCAAGUUGGUCGUCAGCCAGGAUUGGCUCUAUGUAUAGAUUCUGGUUUUGUUUCACGCAAACAUGCAGAAAUUACUGUGGACCAAGAUGGGAGAAUUGUCCUGAAAGAUCUGAAUUCAGCAAAUGGGACGUUUGUGAAUGGAAUUAAAAUAAAAAAUGGAGAAAUAGUUUUAAAAGCAAAUGAUUGCAUAGGAGUUGGAGUCACCGAUGAUUCAGAACCUAAUCUAAAGCAUCCAAUAUAUAACUUGAUAUAUGCUCCUAUGCCAGGAAUCGUGCCCAUUGCUCAGGCAAUAGACAAUACUAAGGACGAAAGUAUACAAAUUGGUAAUAAAAGAAAAGCACAGCAGGAAUCGCCUGAAUUGCCUUCAACAUCUUCCGCGAUUUCUACAUCAGAUCAACAGGCAACAAAAUAUACAACUGCAGUAACAACUUCAGAUUUAAAGUCAGAUAAUAUCAUUGGAUCGUCAGAUACUAACCAAAUAUCAUCAAUUGCAACCAACGAAGUGGUCUGCACCAAAUCAACGACUGAAGUAAAAUAUGAUAAAAUAUCAGAAUCUAAAGCUAAACCAGCUUCACUCUCAUCAAAAUUGCCGACACUUUUUUCUGGACAAAUAAUUAUUUUGAGUGACGAUGAAGAUGAUGUUGUACGCUCAAUCAAAGAAGAGUGUAAACAAUCUUCCAAUAUCAAGGAUUAUGAAGACUCUAUAGCCAUGAAGGAUGUGCAACCUUCUGGACAAAACAAUUCAAAUGAAGAGCCUCCAAAUCGGAUUGGCAUACAUAAAACAAAUAAUGCCACCCCAGAUAUACCUAACAACGCUGCCGUUCAUGAACCUAUAUUACCAGAAGUGAAGCGAGAAUUCGUACGCUCAUGUACGGAGAAUGUAGUUGAAAUCUUUGGAGGAACUGAUGAUGUCAUUCUUGAGAGUGUCAAAGAAAUAAAUCCUUUGCUAUAUUCAAGACUUAAUGGUAAGAAAACGAAUAAAAUGCUUUACGAUGGAGAUAGUAUUGACUUGCUAAGUGAUAAUGAGGAUGACGAUCCUAAUAUUGCGCACAAUGUAGAAACGUUCGGUGAACUAUUGCCGGCAGCAGAAUACAACAAACAUUCUGAAAAGGCCGAUCAAACAAAAAAUAUAGCUGUGGAAAAUGAGCUAAUGCAAAAUGCUAGUUUAAAAAAAAGUCCUAAUGUUUUUGAUAAUUCACUUAACAGCUCUAAUGGCGAUGAGCAAAGGAAUUGUAUCAUUGAGCACGCAGAUAUUCCGGAAGAUAAUCGUAACCUUGAGCCUUCAACGGUAAAUUCUGCAAAAGCUCCAGAUGAAUUGGCUGAGUUCGUCGAUAUGGAUGAUGAUAUGUUGUUUUCACAAAUUUUAUUAAACGACAUUAAGUCCGAAAUGAUGGCUGAUAAUAAUGAAGCUGAGUUUGCUGAUGAAGACCACCCCUAUGAUGUGAUUAGAAAACAAAGUCAAGAAAACCUAAUAGACACCCAUAUUAAAAAAGAGAUAGUUGAUAACGAACAGACGAACUCAGCUGCGAUUCCUGUAGAACAAAAACUAAAAGAUCCUGAGAUAGGAAAUGAUGUAUGGAUUACAAUAGAAGAUGACGAUGAAUAUUAUGAUGAAGAGUUCGAGCAUAAGGUAUCUGACUGGAGCUCUAAAUUGCUAUCACAAACGAUGAAUAUGUCACAGGUCUUCGAAUUUCAAAAUGAUAAAGCAGAAAAUUUAGAUGAUAACGACGAAAAUGCCGAAGGCAAAGAGGAUCAGGGUUUAGAUUGUGCCAGCGAAGAUCUUGAUGAUUUUUUCAACGAGGCUCUUGUGGAUGACGUAAUUGCGACAUUAGCUCAAAAAACUGGCCAAACUAAAAGCGAUUCAAAGUCGUCACCAUUAGAGCAGGAAAUGUCAAAAGACAGUUACGAAUACGAUAGAAGUAAAGAACUUGUACACCAAAAAGAUAAAAUUAAAUCAAUUGAGGACUACAAGGAAGCACCAGUGGAGAUAAAGACAACUCGUGAAUUAAACGAUGAACCUGAAGGUUGUGAUCUAAAAGCGUCCACUAGUAGUAAGCCAACGGUCGCUGAUAGCAAAAAAACUGAUACUUCUAAAGAAAAGAUAAAGGUGAGUAAAAAGGAGGUGAUCAAACCAGUAAAACGCUUGCAUCACCCACCAUCUGUAAUCGACGCCCCAAAUUUACCUAAGCAUAAGGGAAAACACAGAGGAGUUUCUGCAGAAUCGCGUUCAAUUGCAUCAUCCACAAAAGAGGUUCGCACAAAAGCCGCAGCCUUCAGUGGUCAACUGAAAGAAGAACGUUAUAUGGAUGAACUAAAAAGGAAGUGGCUUGGGAAGCCAGUAGAUGAGAGACGUAGGGAGAUCGAGAAAAAACGUCUGAUUAGGGAGUCUCGCAAAGAGCGCUUAAAAGAACUUGCUGACAAGCAAUCAGCAGACACUUCAAAAGAAUUGCUAAAACGCAAACAUGCAUCUGAGACUGAAGUUGUUGAAAAGAAAAAAGCCAAGGUUAAAAUCACUACAAUGAAUCGAGGUGCUCUUCUAGCUGAGGAUAUCGAAGCCAGUAAGAAGAAUGUUGAACUGUACAGAAUACCUAAAAUAAAGAGAUGUUCAUCAGAAUCGACAAAGCCACACAAAGAGAGCUCAACAAGUGCUACUGUAACAACGCCUAAAUCUAAUCGACCCAAAGCUGUGGAUGCAUUUGCUCAGGAGAUGAGCAAAUUAGAUAAAAUUAUUUCCCGCCGUAUAUCUAGUAGUAGUAACAGGAAAACAUCGAGAUCGUCCUCGACCGAAGAAAACAGAAAUGGAAGUCUACCAACAGAAGCGAAGCCUUGUAAUGCACCUGCGCGUAAAACUAACAAAAUUACAUUUGCUUCUAUGCAAAAAAAUUUUUCCGAAACAAAAAAAAAUCAAGAGUUAUUGCAAAGAUUUGCUAGUCACCGUUCCUGCCUAACAAAUGUGAUACGACGCGAUGCCGACAAGGAACGACUGAAGAAACGUGUGCGCUUUAAUGAGACACCAAUUGUAUACUACAUCGAACGCGUAAGCGGCGCCAAUAAGCGAGUUGAUCGAAAAGAUAUAUUGCCUAGUCCAACUUGUCAAGAUCGUGCGCAUAUGGUGCGUAUGGCGUACGCUAUGGUUGAUAAGACUGCACAAAUAAUAUCUCAAAUAUUGGGCUGGAGCAAUGAAUGGCUCGUAAAUCGUAAUGCGCAAGUAGACGCUGCAAGUGACAUUUUAUUGCCGAUGCCAAAUCAAUUUACUACGUUUAAUCAUUAUAAGAGCAUAAUUAUACCGUUAAUGAAAUUGGAGUUUAUGAGUGUACUUGAGCGUGAAAAAAGUCGAUGUAAAAGUAAGACGUUUAUUGUCUCCGCCGAGCAAGUAACUCCUUAUUUGGAUCGUUUCAUAAUAAUAGGGCGCUGUGCCGGCACAAACAGCUCUGAAUCCAAAAGUGAACUCGUAAUUUUGGAAUGGGGAAAGUUUACAACAUUCGCAUAUAUGUCUUCAAAGCGAUUUGGGUUUAAUUACACUACCAUUGUGUAUGAAGUGCUUGCAAAUGAUUUGUCUUUAGAAGAGCUGCGUGCCAACUCCAAUAAUCCAAUUAAAGUCCGUCCAAUGAUAGAUGUUGUACGAGUAGAAUUUGGCGCCUUUAAUGCGGUAUACCAAUUGGAGCAAUCCCCACUGCUCGCGCAGAUACUCGACCCAAUGCAGUUAUGCAAACGCAAACCGUUUACGCAAUGCAACAUUCAAUAUAACGGCUGUGAUGAUUUAAAUGCUCGUCAAAAGGAGGUAUUGAUCCGUACAUAUAGGCGAGCUAUCGAGCCGACACCAAACAUAACAUUAAUUCAAGGCCCGCCUGGUACGGGUAAAUCUUGUGUGAUUGCAAAUUUGGUACACCAGUUGUUAUAUGGGAACGAGAUUCGCAUCCUCGAUCAGAAAGUAUUAAUAUGUGCACAAAGCAAUGCAGCCGUUGACGUUAUAGCUGAAAAAUUGUUUAAUAUGGGUCAAAAAAAGUUGCCAGAUGUGCAGUUUCGAUUGAUUCGUUUUGGCUUGAUGGAACGCAUCAGCCCCAAGGUUCGACAUGCAACUUUACCAAAGAUCAUUGAACGUAAUCAGAUAAGGAAACUUAAAGUGGCUUGCACAAAUCUUCAAAUUGAUGAUAAAAUCGACAUAAAGGAGUACUUACGGAAUGAAAUCAUUCAAAUCGAAGCUGAUAUCGAACAUAUGAAACAGAAAAAUGUGAAAGGAACGGCGCAAGAAGAAGAGUUGAUUGCAAAAGUACGACAAGUCCAAUUAAUGCGGAAUAUAGUGAACGGAGUUUUGCGUCCAGAGGAUGAGCGUAGUCUAUACAAUUGGCACCUGAAAAAUGCUAAUGUCGUGUGCACGACGUUGUCUAGCUGCGUGAAAUUAUCACAAUAUGUGAAUUAUUUUGAUGUUUGUAUCAUUGAUGAGGCAACACAGUGUACAGAACCAUGGACUCUAAUGCCUUUAAAAUUUGGCAUUAAUACAUUGGUGCUUGUGGGUGAUACGCAGCAACUUCCCGCAACGGUGCUAUCAAAGAAAGCUUCAGAUUUCGGUCUUGGAACUUCACUUUUCACACGUAUUCAGCGCUGUAUAGAAUCGGUCAACCUCAAAAAUGCAGCCAAUGGAUUAACUGAUGAAGAAAAAAUAUUCUUAUCCGAUAGCAAUGAUAUAAUUUUUAGCUUGCAAACACAAUACCGCAUGCAUCCUGAAAUUUGUAAAUGGCCAAAUUCGUACUUUUACAAAAACGAACUAAUCGAUGAUCCCAAAACUCAUCAGUUCAAAACACCAUUGAAGCCAUUUUCAGUACUUAAUUUGACAUAUACGCAAGAUGAAAACUGUCAUCGCGGUCAAAUUGCUAACGAGCUAGAGGCUAAGUUUGUGGCUCGGCUGGUUAAAACGUUGGACGGUUAUAUUCCUAUGAAAUACAACUCAUAUGGUGUGAUAACGCCCUAUGCACAGCAGCGAGGGGCCUUAGAAAAGGCGUUGCGUAAUUAUGGAUUCUUGAAUGUAAUGGUAAAUACCAUCGACUCUUAUCAAGGCAUGGAAUGUGAUGUCAUCAUAAUUUCAAAUGCACGUACCACUGGCAUUGGAUUCCUGGCAAACUAUCAGCGCUUGAAUGUGGCUUUAACUCGACCGAAAAAGUGCCUUAUACUGUGUGGAAACUUCAAAAAUUUGGAGGCAGUGCCGGCUUGGCGUAGCCUGUUAGCCUCGGCACGCGAGCGCAAAUUGUACCAUGAACUUAGUGCCGAUUGUAUGGACGAUAUGCACCGAAGUGUUAUUCCAAAGAUCAAGAUUUCAAAACCGACAGUAACAGCAGAUACGGCGACAGCAACAACAAGGAAGGAGUUACUAGCGGUAGUUCCUACAUUAAACCAAUGAGAAAACGAAAUUCAGUCAGAUGAGGAUGUAAUCGACUCAAGGCUGUAAAAUAUUAUUUUCUACUGUACUCCAUUCACUAUUUACAAGUGAAUAUUUCUUUGCGAAAUCGUUUUUCUUUAAUUUACAUAUAUAAAAUUAUAAGGCAUGUACAAACAAUGUUAAAGAGCUUUGAAAGUUUUGUUACGUAGAAUCUUAAUAUAGACUGGAAUAAUUCCACAUUUGUCAUA